GAUGUCGGCAUUUCCCUUCUCUACACAUUAGAAAUAAGAAACAAUACGUUUUAUCACGAGUUACCGGUGUAUAGGUGAGGUGUCUUUAUGGUAUUUUAUUAAGUUACAAAGCUGGUAGAAUAUAAUUUUGGAGGUAAAAGUGAUUUGCAUGAUUUGCAUUUGCAUAUAUAUUUUUGACUUUUCAUGAAAUAUAGUGUAAUUGAAUAGACGUAAGAAAUUCAAGUGUUUUAUGUAUUAUUGAAAAAUAAUAUUUCGUGUUAAUAAUAGGAGAAACAAGCGUAGUUGUAGAUCAAAUGUUCUAUUGUAGUACAAAACGUUGGGGUGUACGGACCACGGGUAUAGGAACAAAGAAAAAAGAUUUUAAGGAUUACGGUAUGCAGGCGGAAAAUGUCAAAGCAACGUCGUUUUUAUUUACGGCACUGACAAUGAGAGGUCAGGUGGUGGAAGUAGUGGGGAGGACAGAGACGUAGGGUGUCGGGUCGUUUGGUCGGUGCGCGUUGCGCGCGGAACAGUGAUGAUUCGACUGGUCAAGAUGUUGGUCUGUGUUGUAUACCUAAUCGUUACUGGUUGAUCGAUGAUAAGAGAGCGUGUGCGUUUUGUUUCAACCUGUACGCGGUUCCGAAUACUGUUUGCCAAUUGACAUUUGGAAGUUGUAUUGGAAACGUUUGCUCUUCUAAUAACAGAUAAGUUGUUUGACAGUGUUUAAUGUCGCGACACCGUUAUCGAGCGAUCUCAGACUGCUCGUAUGUCAUGGAUGUGAAGAAGUAGGCGUUGUCUGUGUUAAAUGCCAAAAUCAAAUAUAACAUGACAUCCCGCGGAACAACGGAAUGUAAUAUCAUAGUGUAUAAGUUGGCGGAAAAACGCGUUGCAGCGGUGGCAGUAGCAGCAGCAAAAGAAGAAAAAGAAGAAGAGGAAGGAGGAGGAGAAGGAGGAGAAGGAGGAGGAGGAGCAGAAGAGAAUCGUUGUUACGUCGUUCAGGGUGCGCUGAAUAAUUGAUUUCCUGAAGAAAAGUAAAAAUAUCUUGCUACAGGCUAUAGACUAGAGACUACAGACUACAGACUACAGACUAUAGACGCAAGCUUUUCGAAACUGUAGGGUAUCGUUAAAUGAACGUAGAAGUAGAGAUGUUACCUUCGAACACGCUCGAGGUGGAAGUCGGGAGUUCAUCGCCUCCGAGAGAAUACGAAACGAGCAAUAAAAGUCUCCUCUUGGAGACGAUCCCUGGCGAGUUGCAUACCGAAACAACAGCUUGUCGUUUGUUAGAGGCGGAGGUCGUUGCUCGAUGUCAGGAGGAAAGCAACGAGACGGUUAAAACUAAAACUAUCCUCGAGUCUGAGUGUUGGAAAAAGAAUAUCGAAUCAGCUGGUAGUAGCAGGUCCGUAAAUAAUGGAUCACGUCAGAGCUUCUCCAAGGUUUCCGCAUCCUUGCAGAGCCUCGUUCGUCGAAAGAGUCGGCAAUACGGCGCGACCUCGUUACCCUUGGACGUAGAUCUUUCGACGUACUCUGCACAUCCUAGCUGUCUUCUCGAGGCACCGAGGGAAAAUGGUGUCGUCGAUAUUUACAAAAGAAACGGCGAGGAAACCACUUGCAUCACCACGCGCACAUCCACGCUUAUUUAUGCUUCUUCCGUGCAACUAUAUUCCAGAGGUGACAACAACGUGAAAGAUGUUUCCUCGUCGACGAAUAACGUCGCUAUCGUCACUACUACCACCAGUACCAAUAACGUAACUUGUUCGGUCAGUGGAAGUCGUCUUGGUAAUACCGCCUCGUCUUUGAUAAGAACAACCAGCGUGAUCACGGCAGGACCAUCCACAUCUUCCUGGAACAAUUCCGCGGAAGAGGAGUUGGAUUACGUUGUCGACCCGGUUCAAGGAAAUGCCUAUUACAAGGGACAACUUCUUGGCAAGGGUGGAUUUGCCAAAGUUUUUCUCAUGACUGAUGUCAGUAACGGAAAUGAAUAUGCCUGCAAAAUUAUUCGGAAGAAUCGGAUGCAAAAAAUUCAUAUGCAGAAGAUCGCACGCGAGAUUAUGAUCCACAAAGAGCUGAAUCACGUGAACGUUGUCCAGCUGCAUCACUACUUUGAGGAUAACCUUAAUGUGUAUAUGCUUCUAGAAGCCUGUCCUCGAAAGAGCUUGAUGCAUGUGCUCAAGUACCGUGGCAAAGUUACGGAGCCGGAAGCACGCUAUUACAUGAAACAAAUGAUCGGGGACUUUGGACUGGCGACAAGGCUUGACGGACAGUGCAGACGGGUGACGAUAUGCGGAACACCGAAUUACAUUGCGCCGGAAGUGUUGUAUAAGCAAGCAUACAGUUACGAGGCGGAUGUUUGGGCGCUCGGAUGCAUACUUUACGCCCUAUUGGUAGGGCAACCACCUUUCGACACAGCGUCUCUUAAGGAAACUUACGCUAGAAUAUGUAACAAUCAUUAUCGAGAGGUUGACGAUUCGAUAGCGAGCCGAAACGGGCAAGACCUCAUCAGGUGGCUUCUGCAGCCGAAUCCUGAACUCCGGCCGUCUUUGGAAAGAGUGAAGGAACAUGCUUAUCUUACCAAGGAAUAUGUACCAACUUCCUUACCUCGCAUUUCUUGUUUCCAAAUGCCACGUACCUCUAUAAUCGAUUCAUCGCCUUCAUCCAAUUCUAUAACGUCUAGGAAGCAAAAACUUAAUAAUACUCAGUUACAGGUUCAUACUAUCCAGCAAUCUCAACAGCAUCAGGAUCAACGGCAUACACAACAGCAUCAUCAUCAAACAAAUCUUUCCCAGAAAAAUUUACGAAAGGGGUCGAAAGUGAUCAGUUGGUUAGCCAGAAAAUUUCGAAAAGUGCCAAAAUUCAGACAAAGAUUAAGCAGUGUUCUUUGUCCAGAUCAUAAGAAAACGGGAUACACCGCUCAGAGUAUGCAAAUGCAUCAAGCGUUAGAAAGCUGUGUCACAGAAAUAAAAUGUAGAAACAAGCUACGUAAUCAUCCACCUGUAAGGGAUGUCGUACCUCUGUUCAUCACUAAAUGGAUCGAUUAUUCCAACAAGUACGGCCUAGGCUUUCAGCUCUCCGAUAAAUCUGUCGGCAUUUUAUUCAACGAUCAUACAAAAAUUAGUUACACACAUGACAGAAGAAGGGUGGAGUAUGUGACAACCGACGAUGAAGUAACAAAAUAUCAUAGAGAGGAAGACGUUCCAGCUGCUUUGCAGAAGAAACUUGUACUAUUGCAACGUUUUACACAGUACAUGGAUAAAUUUAUGACUGAAGGUGGUGAAAUUAAAAAACAACGAGUUGCAUCAAAACACUCAAAAAACGUUUGUGUACCGCGAAUGAGAAGAUGGUUAAGAACUGACAAGACCAUUAUGAUGGAACUGUCAGUACCUCUUUUACAAGUGAAUUUCUUCGAGGAUCAUACAAAAUUGGUAGUCUCGCAAGAAUCCUCUAACAAAGGACACCUAAUCACAUAUAUCGAUACCAGUAGACGUACAUCUUCAUAUUGGUUGAACGAUAUACGAGAUUUUGGCUGUACAGCAGACCUCUACGAGCGUUUAUAUUAUGUUUACAAAGUAUCUAAAGAAUUUGCAGAAAUGCAUAAUAACACAAUCGCUUGACUAUCAAAGAUACAUCGGAACGUGUGUUACUCGUUAAACGAUUGAAGUUUAUACUUUAUGCGAAAUAUUAUUGCAGUAAAAAUAAAUAUAAAUAUUAUAUAUAUAUACUUCUUGUUUCGUUAGCUGUGCUCGUUCGAUUUUUUAUACGGUUCUUUAUUUUUCAUGUUUUAAAUAUAAUUCGUUAUAAAUAAAAUUGAAGAAUAGAGACGUAAUAAAAAAACAGAAAAGUCGUUCGAACCGAGUUUUUCAAAUUAAUUAUUGCUUUUUAUUUCUUCUAUGUGUAAAUUUGGAUAUGCAUAAUACAAUGCAUCUCUCUGCCAAUGUGCCAGACAUAUUUAGAUUUACAUAUUUGGACUAUAUAUACUAAUUUGUAUCAAAUUAUUGCAUACAUCGAUAUUAUAUAUAUUGAUUAUUAAUAUUUUUGUUUAUUUAUAUUAUAAAUAAAACAUUAAAGCGCGCAUGUGCGCACGUAUUUAAUACUAAUUUAAUUUUUAUAGGAAAAAAUAUUUAUAAUGUACAAAAUAUUUUAUUAAUACCCAAAAAAAUAUAUUUUUAAGGACACGAGAGUUCGUUGCAUUAAAACAUUUAAUUUCACAAAAGUUCUUCUGACCGAAUAAAAUGUAGUGUAUUAGUGGAAAAAUUAAAUAAGGACAAAAUUCUUGCUUAUUACAAAAAAUUUUUAAGAUGUUAAAAUGUAUCUGACGGAAAUUAAACGAAGAGUAUAUGUAUACAUAAUAAAUACACAUAACGCAUAUUACUACAUAAUGUUAAGAAAAAAAAUGUUUAAAAAUAGCGAAUACUAAUCUUACACUAUAAUACAUAUUUUUAUAUGAUAAAAUUGAUUAAAUAAAAUAGUUAAUAAAACUAUAAAAUUGAGAAACUGAGAAAUGAAAAAUAGAAUACUAUUAUGUAGGUUCUUUACUAUCAUAUACAGAAGAAAUCUAACAGUUAUUACAACAUUUCACGCAUAUAAUUUUUAUCGACAAAUUCAUUUCUUAUGAAUUCGAUUCAUAAUUUUAUGAAAUUCGAAAUAGUUCGAGUGCAGCUAAACGUAAGCAACGUGAUAGGCAUUGUUAAGGAGAUUGUAUGAAGAAUGAAGAUGAAUGUUAGGAGAUGUUUGUUUGAGUUCUUCGAUCCAGAGAUAUUAUCUUGUUUCCUUUCUUUUUUUACAAAAUGUAGCAAAGUUGUGAUAUACAUAUUACGUUUUGUAUAAGGUUAGACAAUGAAUGAUGAGAUCACGGGGAGACUGAUUUAAAAAAUGAGGGCAGUUUUACCUCGCUUUUCUUCCUUAAAAACCGUUUAGACGUAAAGGUUUUCGUAAACUUUUAAUUAAAGUAUAUAAAGCAAAGAAUAGAAUUCUAAAAACAAUACCCGUAAUAAAAUGUCAAACAAUCGCGUAUUCAUAUUUUGUAAAAAUCGUAUCCGCAGUUAUGUCGUUGACGAUAUACACAAUCGUACCAGCCUGAAACUAAAAUGAUUACCAAAUACAGUAUCACACGCAAUACCGUGUGUAUACCUACACUUAUUCUUGUGACUAGUUUCAGAAAUUUCAAUUCAUGCUUUGAAACAAAUUAAUCGUUCACACAAAUCAAAUGCGAAGUUUGUUUAUACAAAAUGGAGAAAAUAUUAGUUUUAACAUCAUUGUUCCAUUAUAUUGUUAGUUUAUAUAUUUUUUUAUACGACUAUGAAUUUUAUACAUCCGGAUUUAUAACACCUUAACAUUUGUAAUAUUAUUUCGUAAUAUCGGCUCAAAGAAAUAAUUAGUUACCUUUAGACAUGAUUUGUAUCUUACGAAUAUGUCUAUUUGUUUUUUUAAUUGGAAUUAAACCAAAAUGUUGGGUAUUUGUUUCUUCAAACUAAAUACUGCAUAUAUUAUUUUUUUAGGUUUAUGUUUAAGAAAUAGUUUCAAAAACAAUGUGCAAUAUGCACAUUCAUAGUUGUUCUCCAUAACUUUUUGAUUUUCAUAAGAUAUGUGUAUCUUGUUGUCAACGAAUGUUCAAUUCGUGUGAUAACACAUGAACACUGUCUUAUAUGUAAUCGGAUAGUAUAAUAAUGGAAUAAGUAUGCUUCCAAAAUAUUUACGAAUUAAGAAUAUACAAGAGCAUUUUUAAUGUUUUGCUUUGAUGUAGAUCAUAUGUAUCUAUAUUAUAGUACAAGUACUGUUACCUUUGCAAAACAUUAGAUCAGGAUUGUUCAACUUUGUGUUCUGAAUCAUUGCUGUUAAUAUACAGUAACAACAAAUAUAAAAUAAUAAAAAGUUAUCUUCAACAUAUAGGGAAUCAAAAGAAUAAAUGUUUAUUUUAAUAUAUUGUUAUAAUAAUAGAAUAGUUUGUAAUAAAAAAAGUAAACAAAAAAAGAUGGUACAAUUGUAUUUAGAAAUGGUAUAUUUAUUAAAGAAUGCGGUAAAACGUCACACGUUCACAUUCUAAGUGCCUACACUGAACAAAAGUCUGUUUACAAUAUAAAUUAAGAUUUUUUAUUAGUGUAAUGUAGAGAAGCUUGAUUUUUUUAAAAAAUAUCAGUUAAAAUAAAAUAAAAUAAAAUAAAAUAGAGCACUAGUUGAACAACUCUGAUAUAAAUUAUUUUAAAUAGCAUCUAUCCUUUGAUACUAAUAGCAGUGAACACGUAAAGUUAAGCGGACCAAUUAAAUUGGCAUACAUACAUAUACAUAUAACACAUAUGUAGAACAGCUUUUUUUAUUUUGACAAAUUUGGUGCCAAAAGCUCGUUUGUUAAAAUUACUAUGUAUGUAAAUCACUCGUUUAUUUAAUAUAAUUAGUCCCCGUAAAUUUUCACAAAAAUUACGUUUUCUUAAUUCUUUUAAUUGUUUGAUCAUUUGAUCAUAGAAUAGCAUUCUUGCGUUUUUAACGUAUAAUUUAGUAUUUAAAUUCCAUAAAUGAAAAGAAGCAAAUAGCUUCACUUCCCUUAAUAAAUUUAUUUACAAUUUUGAAACUUUGUUAUUAAGCAACGAAAAAGAUUCUGAAAAAAAUCUCAACGAAAAAUAAAAAAAAUAAUCUGGCCAACAUUUUAACUAGCUUGGUAUAUGGUUUUGAUAAUAAACUAUAGUAAAUGUUUUCUGUAAAUUACAGGGACUAAUUGCAAGUAAAAUAAGACGAUAAUAAGUUAUAUAAUUUAUACAGAUACCGAAACUCAAAGUACGCAGUAAAUAUACGUAUGAAUUAUAAUGAAUGGCAACAUGUAGUAAUAUGUACGAUACAUAUAAGUAUAUAUGAGUCACAUUCAUACCGUUUCGAUAUGUUUUUGAUACGAUUCGAUAUACCCAAUUAUUCGAAAUUGACAUUCGUUUGACAUCUCUGUGAUGAUAAUUACUAACAAAUAAGCAAGUGCGAAUUAGGUAUUAAAUCGAAAUUAAAUCCAAAUUCAUAUUAAGAAAAGUCAGUUUAUUAUUUACAUAUAAUAAUAUUUGACUUUUGGUAGCUUCAGUGCUAUAUAAAUUAAAAAAUUUUUUAAUGUUAAACUUUCAAAAUAUAAACGUUGUGCCAAAUUCUUUAUCUUUCUCUUGGACGAAGUUGUUAUCUUAAAAACGAUUAAUUCUUAAUGUCAAAAGUUAUUGGAAAAAGUGGACUUGACUAAUAAUUUAAGCAAUAUGCAACGUAUAUUAAUAAAUUGAAUUUAGCUGAUAUUAUGAUUAAAUUAUAUGUAUAUUUUGUAAUGUUUGACAUAAAAUAAAUUUUCAUUUAUAAAGUGG